ACCGACCAAGCGCCGUGGAGGGGAGGGUUCGGCCUUGGUCCAUAGGCAAGCCGGCGCAGAGUGCCACGAUGGAUGGAGCCUCGGAUUGGGUGAGGAGGUUUCGGCCAAUUGUGUUGUGUUGUCUAUUGCCCGUUGCCACUUGUAUGAUAGGCUGAAGGAAUGCUGCGAUAGACCAUGGGAAUGGGAAUGGAGAUGGGGGGUGGAUGUUUAGGCGGCGCUGGGUAAAGAGCUCUCUCUCUCUCUCUCUCUCUCUCUUGUUUACAGUAAUUGCUUUGCUUCGGGGGGGGGCUCAAUAUAUUUAUGUUUAG